CAAGCAAUCACAGGAGGAAGACCCAACGGAAGAAACGGAGGAAGACCUCAAAAAGGAGCACCAGAGAUUGGCCACAAAAUACGAGAGUGAGAAGGCUGCAUUGAAGGAAGCCCUAGAUAUCUCUACGAAUUCAUUACAUUCCUUUUCUGAUGUGAGAGAAGGUCCAGAGGACUGUCAAGCUACAGGGGACCCCUGGGACGAUGAUUUAAUACCAGAAUUAUUAAAGAGACCUUCACCCUUACCUUCAAUCUCCAAUUUAUGUGACUACGGCCACGGGGAAGCUGCGCAACAAAUCGUGGAAAAAACUCCUAUUGAACCGGAGAAUCACGAGGAAAUGAGAAAAAGGGAGGAGUAUCUCAAGGAGAGGAGAGACCAAUUGGUGGCGUUGAAGAAACAGGCACGUUGUCAGUACUUGGAAACAGUUAAGAAACGGCCAAGUACAGCGAGAAGUAUUGCAGAGGCCACAAUGAAAGGAGAAUCGAACCUUGAGCAUUCUACAGCAUCCGAUCCAUCGAUUAUUCAAGUGCGCAAGGCACUCGCUGCUCGGCUCAAAGCUGAAGUGGUCGAUCCAUAACAACUUGACGUUAUCCAUCACUCAAAAGAUUUAUCGUUCAUUCAUUAGAAAUAUCAGA